CACCCCCAGUCCUAAGCUAGGUGCUACAGCAACAGUAUGUAUAAAUACGCUCCUUGACUUAGCUGCCUCACUCAGUCCACUACCUCCAACAUGGCUCUUAAGAUCGUUCUUGCCUCUUGCCUGCUGGCUGUGGCCGCCGCCCAGUACGGCUACGCCCCCAAGCCCUACGCUGCCCCCUACGGCCCCAAGCCCUACGCUGCCCCCAAGCCUUACGCUCCUGAGCCAUACGACCACCCCCACUACGCUUUCGACUACGCCGUCAACGACCCCCACACCUACGACAUCAAGAGCCAGCACGAGGAGCGUGACGGAGACUACGUCAAGGGAUCCUACGAGCUGUACGAGCCCGAUGGCACCAAGAGGAUCGUCGAGUACUACGACCAGGGAUACGGAUUCGAGGCUGUCGUCCACAAGGAGCCCGCUAAGGGAUACGCUCCCGCUCCCGCCUACGCUCCUGCCCCCGCCUACGCCCCCAAGCCCUACGCCGCCCCCUACAAGAAGUACUAAGUUUCUCGUACAAACAACUCAUCACCUCCACCUUGUAUAUAUGACAUUGUUCGUUAGUGUUAUUUUUUAUACGUGAUACAAUAAAUUAUUUAUUUUAAA